GUUCUAUCCUUUCAGUUGCACCUUCUAUCCGUUCAGUUCGGUUAUCUGUCCUUUCAGUUGUACCGUCGAUUCUGUCAGUUCUGUCAUCAAUCCUUUCAGUUGUAUCUUCUAUCCGUUCAGUUCGGCCAUCUAUCCUUUCAGUUCUGUCGUCAAUCCUUUCAGUUGUACCUUCUAUCCGUUCAGUUCUGUUAUCUA